GAGAGGAGGGACAACGGGGUGGAGAGAGGGGAAGUGCAGGAGGAGGAUGGAGCGAGUCCUGAAAACCGGCUGAACGGAGACCCAAGAGCCGCGUGUUUCCUGGUCCCAGCCCUUGCCCUCCCUGGGGAGAACUCUCUGCCCAGGGACUUCAUCCCUUCGUUAAUAGAAGCCCUUGCCACUGGAGUAAACAAUUUCUUUCUUCUUUCACAUUUUUUUUUGUUUGUUUAAAAGAGACUGUCUUAGACACAGUGGAAUAUAGAAAAACAAAUGGAGAACCGGGGAGGGAGGAGCUGAGCUCUGAGCUUGGAGUAAUGGGGAAAUCAAACCAUACUAGAGUUUAUCUGUUUUCUGUUUCUGUUGUCAGGGGAGGCAGUACAACUGGAGACAGGAAGGCAGGACAUGGGGUUUCUGGGGGAGAAAGUGUGUUCUCACAGUAGCUCUCUGAGCUAGACUAAGAACCAGGACCCUGAACUGUGUGCUAGUUCCUGGAGGAAGUGUGUUUUGGUGUUGCCAUUGGAGGGUAGGGUCAGGGCGAGGGGCUCCACAGCCUGCUUUGUCAGGCACUGCUGCUGAGGACCCUGCUGCCUACUUCUGAAUCUGGAAUUUGUUCCACAGGCUGUGGGAUGACUGUGUUGCCUUAACCUCCACGAGGCCCUCGGAGAUAGUGCACCUCAGACAGGGGAGGAUGACAAGGGGCGCUGUUUUAUCAUGAGGUUUCUCCUGUAAAGCCUGCGGUGGGAGAGCACCCUCAGGAGAUCCUAGGGGUGCUGCUGGUCCCAGGCUGCCUGAAAGGCAGAAGCCUUACCCCGAGACCCAGGGUCUUAGGGAGGAAUGUGAGCUGCCAAAGAUGGUGCCUUCCUGUCCACGGUGCUAGGCAGCGGUUGAGAAAAGAGGGGCUUCACCUUCUCCGUGAAUGGCAGUCUUUCUUGCUCAGUUGGUGCGGGGGCCACUGAAGCAGGCUAGAAAGGAGAUUCCACUCAUAGCACUUCCUGGUGCGACCACUAGGACAUGCUGUUUGCUGGAGUGUGCCUUUCGUCCUCAGGCAGUUUUGGCUCAAGAUGUGGUGAAGGGGUCUUUAGUUUCAGAUCCCACCACACUUCUCUUCCCUUGGGCCUUCCUUUCUUUCUUUACAUCACACGAGGAUGCAUGCCUACCCCAUGGUGCCAAGGAAUUUGGUCUUAAAAGGGCAGGCUUGAUGGUGUGUUUGCAUGUGUUUUUGUUUGCUUUAGAAAUGGGCACCCUAGCAAUAGCAGCACUGCCAAGGGGACUUGCAAUCGCCUCUCAUCCUCUCACAGAAUGAGAAAGGGAAGGAGUAGCCAGGAGAGAUGAACAAGCUUUGUUGGUAGCCUAGGCUCAGUGGCAGAGGUUUUCUUUUUAAUCUAAUCACAUCCUGCCCCAGGUAAUUCAGUAGGAAGCCAGCUGUAGUGCUUUUCUGUCUAAAAGGAAGGCCUCCUGGUGACUGGGGCUGGUUAGAGCGUGGGGAGGUGGGGAGAUAGCAUAGUUCUGUGCUGAGAGUGUGUGAGCUCUGAAAUCUAGCUAACUCACCCCCUUCUCUACUUCUACUAAGUCACCCUGGCUAGUGACUUAGUACCUGUUUUAAGGGGAUGCAGGGAGGGUCUGAUGAGAUAAGGUGGUUAAGUGCUUAGCGGUGUGUCUGGCCUGGGUAAGUGCUCAAUACAUGCUAUUAUUUAUUACAGGAGCAUUUUAGGGGUGUGUGUGGGGUCCUGGCGCAAAAGGACAGUCUCCCCUGGAUGGAUUUCAGAUUUUUGUGAGGCUGUCUUGGGAUUCCCCUCCUAGUUUAAAUUAAAAGUUUAAGGGACCAGAAUGGGAGGAUAUAGGGUAGAGAUAAAUCUCCCAGGAAUUUUUAGAUCUCUACUCUCUGGUUAUAGAAUAACCAAAGAGGGCUAGGGAGAAGGGACAGACAGUUGGGUUUCAGAAGGUUUAGGGUAUAUUUCUGUUGGAAGAGACCCAGAAUAUCAGGUUUCAAGUAGACUAUAAAGAGAAUAAACUAUAUGAUUUCCAGAAAAUGUCCAGCUGCUUCUGGGUGUUCUGGGCCUGUCUGUCCAAGAUAACUUAGUGAAAUAUUAUUUCCUCACUUAUUUUUAAUGAUAGUGGAGUAAACUUGUAUUUGAGGAAGGUAUUUAUAGGAAUUUAUGCUUAUCCCAAAGAUCUUGGUAUGUUUUCUUAAGGGUAAAAGGGCAGGUGUGUUGGGUGGGGAUGCAGUUAGAGGUUUGAUCUCUUAACCUCAUUUCCUUGGAAGUAGCUUUAGUCUCAGACUUUGGGGUACUGGCCCAAGUUUAGGGGCAGCCACCCAUCUCUCUGCAUGGGGAAGUGUUCAGAGUUCUUCUCUUAGGACGCCUAAUCACGGGUGCAGGGACUGCUCUUAUACUUCCUCUAAUCUCAGCAUGUGAACAAGCCUUUGUGUCACACUGUGCAACCUUCCUGCCUUUUAAAAUUGCUUGGAGUGAGAGAGAGAGGCUAGGGUGGAGCACAGAGGACCCAGAGAGAGUGCUGUGCAUUCCUUCUGGGCCACUGCCCUGUCCUGGCUAACAUGCUUUAGGACACUUCCUCAAGGACUACAGAAACUGCACCCAGCUGACUGUCAUUUCUUCAGGGUCCCCAGUCCCAGAGCAGAGCUGACAAAGGAGAUUCCUGAGAGUGCCUUCUUAUCACAGAAAGUGCUGAGCCAAGAGCUAGCUGCCCCUUUUGCAGAUGUGAAGGGCCAGUGAACAUUGGACCCAGACGGCUGAAAAGGAAGAGCACUGGACCACAGAUCCUGGAUCCUGGAGGGCAUCUCUCUCCCUGACUGCUGCUGGCCUCUGCCGUGGGAGCCUGCUACUGUCCAGGACCAGGGAGUGAGUAGGGCAAUGCCAGGAAGCUGGUGAAGGUUUUCUGCUCCUUCCCCACCAUGGCUGACAGCAUUAAAUAUGAAGUGGCCUCCCAGCACGAGGCGGAUGCCUCCCCUUUGGGUGAUGGGGCCAGCCCAGGGUCCAAGCAGGUAAAGCUGAAGAAGGAGAUCUCGCUGCUUAACGGUGUGUGCCUGAUUGUGGGGAACAUGAUUGGCUCGGGCAUCUUUGUCUCCCCCAAGGGGGUGCUCAUGUACAGUGCCUCCUUUGGCCUCUCCCUGGUCAUCUGGGCUGUUGGGGGCCUCUUCUCUGUCUUUGGGGCCCUCUGUUAUGCGGAACUGGGCACCACCAUUAAGAAAUCUGGGGCGAGCUAUGCCUACAUCCUGGAGGCCUUCGGAGAAUUCCUUGCCUUCAUCAGACUUUGGACCUCCCUGCUCAUCAUCGAGCCCACCAGCCAGGCCAUCAUUGCCAUCACCUUUGCCAACUACAUGGUGCAGCCUUUCUUCCCAAGCUGCUUCAGCCCCUACGCUGCCAUUCGCCUGCUGGCUGCUGCCUGCAUCUGUCUCUUAACCUUCAUUAACUGUGCCUAUGUCAAGUGGGGAACCAUGGUACAAGAUAUUUUCACCUAUGCUAAAGUAUUGGCACUGAUUGCGGUCAUCAUUGCAGGCAUUGUUAGACUUGGCCAGGGAGCUUCAACUCAUUUUGAGGAUUCCUUUAAGGAUUCAUCAUUUGCAAUGGGUGACAUUGCCCUGGCACUGUACUCGGCUCUGUUCUCCUACUCGGGCUGGGACACUCUCAACUACGUCACUGAAGAGAUCAAGAAUCCUGAAAGGAACCUGCCCCUCUCCAUUGGCAUUUCCAUGCCCAUUGUCACUAUCAUCUACAUCUUGACCAAUGUGGCCUAUUACACGGUGCUAGACAUGAGGGACAUCUUGGCCAGUGAUGCUGUUGCUGUGACUUUUGCAGACCAGAUUUUUGGAGUAUUCAACUGGGUAAUUCCACUCGCAGUUGCAUUUUCCUGCUUUGGUGGCCUCAAUGCCUCCAUUGUGGCUGCUUCUAGGCUUUUCUUUGUGGGCUCAAGAGAAGGCCAUCUCCCUGAUGCCAUCUGCAUGAUCCAUGUUGAGCGAUUCACACCAGUGCCUUCUCUGCUCUUCAAUGGUAUCAUGGCACUGAUCUACUUGUGUGUGGAGGACAUCUUCCAGCUCAUUAACUACUACAGCUUCAGCUACUGGUUCUUUGUGGGGCUCUCUAUUGUGGGUCAGCUUUAUCUACGCUGGAAGGAGCCAGAUCGACCUCGUCCCCUCAAGCUUAGCCUUUUCUUCCCCAUUGUCUUCUGCCUCUGCACCAUCUUCCUGGUGGCUGUUCCACUUUACAGUGAUACCAUCAACUCCCUCAUCGGCAUUGCCAUUGCCCUCUCAGGCUUGCCCUUUUACUUCCUCAUCAUCAGAGUGCCAGAACACAGACGGCCUCUUUGCCUCCGAAGGAUUGUGGCAUCCACCACACAGUACCUCCAGGUCCUAUGUAUGUCAGUUGCUGCAGAAAUGGAUUUGGAUGGUGAAGGAGAAAUGCCUAAGCAACGAGAUCCCAAGUCAAACUAAAUACCAUCUGGAAUCCUGAGAUGUGGAAAGUAGGGGCUUCUUGUCUCCUACUGGUUGGCGCUAAGGAAGUUGAAAAGGAAAGCUCACUUCUUUGGAGGCACUCGGCCAGAAGCCCGGUCUAGGCAGCUUCAAUCUUUGAACUUACUUUUUGAGAGAUGAAAAGUAAUUUAUUUUUUUUGCUACAUAUUAUUCCAGACUUUUUAAAAGGAAUGAUAAAGCAGACUGUGGUGGGAGCAUGUCAAGUGUGGGCUUGUUCUUAAUAGCAUCUCUGGGUUUGCCUACCCACUCUUUUCCUUUGAAAGGCCCACAAUGUUCCAAACUUCUCCUCUCCUUUGAGAGCCAUAAAACUGUCACAGGUGCUGGACAACAAUAAAAAGGUUAUGUUGCUCAA